GGACAGAGAUUUUAGCCCAGGAGGACGGUACUUUAAACACUUACAGCAAAAGGACAGGGGACCUCCAGAAACUCGACCACCAAAGGCAACAUCACAAGCAUUGAAACGUAUACCCUACAAUCCAAUGGAUUUCGCCUCAGAAUUUCAGCAUCGAAAUACUUAUUUGAAGACACCAUCAUCACAUGGAUUUACAGCAUGUGGAGAUACCGAGAACAGUGGAGGGGUUCUCGAAUCGGCACACUCUUCUAUCUACAACAAGCGAGAACGCUGUUUACAGAGGGAAACCAUUGCGUGGACACCAAUUCCUGUUCCAGUCAAAGCCGUUCAAACAAAAAGAUCAAUGUUUACCGAAUCAAAGGCUCUUUCUAAAAGCUCUUAA